GUAAAGCUGUAGAUCAACUUAUCAAGGCUUGCCUCUUUCUCUUUCUUAUCUCCUUGACAUGGAAAUAUAUAACGUGAUGCCUAAGAAAAAUCAUCCAAACCAAUGCUUCUUGAGUGUUGAAACAAACAAUGCCUGUCAUGAAAAUACAAAUCGUCUAUUUCAAUAUACAUCGCUUACUACAAACAACAUUGUAUCUUUAGAUGAUGAAUAUAAUAGUGAAGAAAAUGACACUGAGCGUAAAGGUUCGUACAUCGAUAGUAAUGGAGUGUUUCAUUGCGAUGAGGACUUGGAAGAAGAAGAAUAUCAGCAAGCGCCCAAAUCAAAAGAAGGACUAUAUCAGAAAGGUCUUGGUUUACCUCCUCUCAAAAGUUUUCUAAAAAGCGCGAUUGAAAGUAAAAAUACACGUUCUCAAGACAAAAAUGACGCGUCUAUUUAUGCACAGCUGACCUCGCCACUUAAUAUGGCUACAAGAAAGCUACAUAAUGAAUACCCCAUUUCCUGCUUUGAAGACAAUUGCAGUGAGCACAAGUUGAGUAGUUCAGCUCCUUCAGGGUAUGAUCACCUUGAUGAGCAGCAUGAGCUCCAAAUGCUUGAGGUACAAAAGCAUUUUCAACUAAGUACAAGCGCUCCUGCUUCACAAAUGGCGAAUGAAGAUAUCAUAGAUGAAGAGUACGAAUCUAUCUCUGACAUGAACGAUUUCUGUAACGACGAACCGGUGGCCACAUCCAAUGAAAGUCAAACCUGCUCAACUACUAUUCAAGCUCAACAAACAGUGCAAAGCGAUGAGAAUGAAUAUGACUAUCACGAAACUACUGCCGUUGAAAAUGAUGAUAACAAAGAGCUGAUGGAUGACGACAACUUAUCAUGGAAAGAACUCGCGGACAAGUGCUAUGGACGGACAGACGAUAAGCUCUCGCUUCCUAUAGUUGAUCCUAAUAAUCCAUUUUUAGAAGUCUAUUUUGAGAGAAUGCGUCAAAGAGAAUAUCCUUUUAGUUCAGAUGGGCCGCCUUAUAUAUACAUCAGCCCUUAUUACAUGCCUUACCAAAACUGCUAUACUGUGAUGAGCACAGACUACACACCAACGGAGCAGCUACGUAAUCACGGGAGUUUUAUCAUGGAAGUAACAAAUAUUACUGGAGCAGUGAGAUUAAAACACCUUUACGAACUCUUCUUUGAUCCCAGUGUUCUCGUAAUCAAACAUUAAAACAGGUUACUGUGUAUUUGCUUACCAAGUCUACUAUAGUAUAUACAGUA